AUGUAUGCAAAGGUCUUUCUUAUAACGGCUACGUUAGCCGUCGUAGCAGCACGUCCUCAAGAUGGCCACAGCCACGGUCACGGCCACGCUUAUUCAUCGCAGAGCAUCGUAGUGCACCACACUUACCAAGAGCCAAAGCACCAUGAAUAUAAAUAUGUUCAGCAAUCUUCCGGCCACCAAGAACUACACAAGAGUCAAGGUCAUCACGAAACGCACAAGGCUAUCUCCUCUCAGCAGAUCCAUCGUCAUGAUGUGCCUUCCAAGGCUCCUGCUGAUCACCAUGAGUACUAUAGCCACCCUAAGUACGAGUUCGAAUACAAAGUGGAGGACCACCACACCAAAGACAUCAAAUCUCAGCAUGAAUCUCGCGACGGUGACGUAGUGAAAGGAUAUUACAGCCUGCACGAGCCCGACGGCACCAUCAGGAUUGUCCAUUACACCGCCGACAAAAAAAGCGGAUUCAACGCGCACGUCGAGCGCAAGGGCCACGCCAAACAUGAAUACCAUUAUCAUCACUAA